GCGAAACAUACUACCAACGUUCACUGUCUAAUUGAAUGCCAGAAGAUAAAUGAAACUGUCGUAAUUAAGACUUGUCUACGUUUAGUUACUAUUAAAUACUUUUUUGGAAAAAUAAUCUCUCGAAAGUGUGUCAAUAAGGAUAUGCUGAAUGACUUAACAACGCGAGUUACAGCCUUUUUUAUCAAGCGAUACAAAGUAGAUUCCUUUCUUCUGAGUACACUCCUACGUUGUUUACGAGCAAAUUUUUUUCAAGAUGGAUGUUUCGCUUUAUUACUGGAAAUAUCCUGCCAAUUGUCUAAUGAUCUACCCAAUCUAUAUACAAGUAUUUUCUAUUACAAUCCAAGCCGAGUAUAAUACAGGUUCAUUGAAUACCACUUCAAAUUGCAUUCCGACAAAAAUUUCAGACUUUCUUUGCGCCACAUUUGCAAUAUAACAUUAAUAAUUCUUUUAUUAGUAUAAACAGGAAGGGUGUCCGAGUGGUUAUGGAGCUAGUUUAAGGCACUAGUGCGAAAGCUCGUGGGUUCGAGUCCCACCCCUUUCAUUAACUUUUUUGUUCAUUCCGAACAUACAGUCGAAACAAGAUUACCGAUCAUCUUAAAAAAACCGCGAGGAUAAAAACAGAACAUAUCGUGCCAAAAACAGCUAUAACCAACCAAGCCACCCUAUCCGUAAUAUGCAAGAUCCAUAAUUACGAGUUUCCUUUUUUCUUUCAAUUCAUGCAGUAGCCCAAC